GCCGAGUGAGCGAGGUGCACAACAUCACACCGGCGCGCCCAAUUCGCUGCUCGUAGUCGUUUCGCGUGGAUUCUGUCACCUGGAAACCGUAAGAGACGCAACGCAUGCCGCAGUACUCACGGUGAGAUCUUCAGAAUAAGGUACGACGCAGCAAGAUUGUCAUUCGGACAGUAGCAGAGAAGCUUGGAUAACAACCCGAAGAAGAUGUUCUCUUCCAUUAUCGCCUACAUAAGUAUCGUCGUUGGUAUAUCAUUCCUGCCUAACGGCGGAGCCGCAUCUAACGUUGUGUUGAGGGAAUACAUAACCUCCAAACGGGUUGACAUGAACCGGAUAUUACAACUUAAGGAUCUGGGCCUGGAAGAGCAAUUUAGUCAGGAUGCUUCCCCGCAGAUUCGUACAGCUGCAUUGGAUGCGAUCACCAGAAGCUUUAACUUCAGCGGAGUGCCGGUGUUGACGUGCGACAAUACAGUGGUGACAGACAAACUAUUUGAUCCUACAACUGGACUACUUAGAAGGAAGCGCCAAAUAGGAACUUGCCCCAAAGAUAGUUGCAUCGAUGCUCCAGUGCCAGUAUGUAACAUCACUCGAAGACUAUCAAAGCCGCUCUUUGGCUACAAUCCAAAUGGAGAGUUCAGGGUCAUCGUGCAAAUGCCAACGUUGGAGCAGUGCGUUGAAAUUAUACACUGCAGCAGCAACACUUGCAACCUGGUGAAAGGACGAUGCCAACUAGACUACAGACUGGAGCAACUCAUGGUUUUUGAUCCUAUACAGGACAUUCCCUUCUCCGAUUACAUAUUUGUUCCUAGCGGUUGCACUUGUAGAGUAAGAAUAUCAACGCUGAAGUAAAAGCGAGCGCCAGCGUUCUAAAACGUGUUCUUUCGUUAGCUGUGUCUUCUCAGAUAUCUUAGCCGUGCAUGGGUUUUGAUGUCGUGUUGCUCUGCAUGGUGUCUAUAUGCUGCGAAAUAUAGUUUGUAUCUUUAUUACCGUGGCGUGUCAUCGUAAUUAACCGAUGAAAUUUUGUGUCAACAUGAAAAACUCUAAUGUGUGUGUAUGUCAAUAUCAAAUAUAACGCUGAGAAAUGUAAAUAUAGAAUAUUUUAUUGUGAUAUAUAAUAAAAGCUACGACACAAACAGUGAAAGUAUCCGAAUAUUUGUGUGUUAUGUGUGGAGCGCAUUCCUUUAGUAACUCUCGUCGGCUGGGCCGCGAACGCGAAUGACGUGAUGAUGAUGAUGAAGAAGAUGAUAAUGAUGAUGAUGGUGAUUGAUGAUGAUGUUGAUGAUGAUGAUGAAUGGUGAUGACCACCUAACUUGAAGUGUAUAUAGAUCACAGUAAUCGAUACUAGCGAAAAGCAAUGCCUGGUAUAUGUGUACUUAUUAAAAAUCAUCACGCUAUCGCUGGUGUUCCUGUUCAGAUUGCAUUUAUAUACUUGCUAUUUAAGCCAUCUCUUCGAGAAAUUAAAACAUGCAAACCAUGC